AUGCAUAUGCUUGCAAAAGUUGCUGGCGGCGAAGUUGACGAGUAUUACGAUGUUCUCCAGGCAUUUUUUGCUGAAGGAGCCGACGGUUCGGGCUUAGUGAUGACGUUCCAGCGGCAGCUCUCUGUAGAGCCGUGGAAUGGCGAUCCUUCAACAGACGACUAUUUCAACAACAGUUAUUGUAUGACCCUCGGAUCUGAAGUGACGAUAUAUGGAGGGCUAGAGCAGGUCUCCUUUCUGGACUCCAGAGGAUGCUUUUAUUUCUCCGAUCAUGCGGCUACAGAGCUCGGUAUAGGAAGACAACUGAUCGUUGAUUUCAAGGUGUCUGAGCACCUCCUACAGCUCUUUCAACGGUUUCUCAGGCAAGCAGUGACAUGGGGAGUCCCUAGUCAGAUCCCUCAAACCAACGGUUUAGCCUUCGAAAGUUCCAUUAUGGAUGCUCCAACCACUCAGCCAAAGCCAGAUGAAGGAAUUAAGGCCCCCAAUCUCAGAGGCGGUCACCUCAAACUCAGGUUUAUGUCCCAAGAGCAACUGGAUCGUGAAGACGGAAACCCUCCUGAUAAUGUGGCCGGUUCAAGCGAACCGUCCCCCGAGGAAAGUGCAUAUCUUUCCAACUUGACUCCUUUCCAACAGAAGAUAUGCGGUUGCCUCCACGAUUUGGGCUGGAUUGAUACCGACAUUUGCAAAUUUCUGAUCCAGUUUGAGAACGGGCGAGAACACGUACGGGCUGAACUAAGAAUGAAGGGGCAGAGUGAGACCGACAUUCAAAAGCUCGAGGAUGUCUGUGAGACAGAUAUGGAGGAUUUCUCGCACCUCCGACGGUCUGGCGGCAACCGGGCCCUUGAGCAAUACCGGUCUGAGCUAUACCUGCUGCAUGAAAACAAGAGACAAAGAAGGGUUAUGCUAAAUGAAGAAUAA